AUGGACUUCAUACAGAGAUUAUCUCAACAGUUACGCGAGGGAGGUUCGCAGCUGAUCGCUCCCGGUACAGAGUGUGUUGUGUUGGGCCGGAUUUAUAGAAUGGAUGAUGAGAAUGAGAAGAUGCAGUUCUACCGGGAUGUGUGCACAAGAUUGAAUUUCACGUAUAGGACAAAGUUUGUGCCGAUAUCGCGGUCCCCUGAUGGUCCAUCGCCUAUCAGUUUCCAGCUCAUGAUCAGGGAUGGUCCCCUGAGUGUUAUUGAAAAUGCACUAUUGCACCCUGACUGUUUCAACACUGAUAUUGGGUGGGGGUGUAUGAUACGAACAGGGCAAAGUCUUUUGGGGAACGCAUUGCAAAGACUCCGGCACGGCCGAGAGUUCAGAGUGACAGAGUCGACGCAUGAUGAUGACAUAAUACAGUGGUUCAAGGAUACUCCAGAUGCACCGUUCUCUUUGCAUAAUUUUGUCAAGAAGGGGGUCGAACUGGCCGAUAUGAAACCGGGCCAGUGGUUUGGGCCUGCCGCUACAUCCAGGAGUAUACAGUCGUUGAUCUGCAAUUUCCCACAAUGUGGCAUUGACCAUUGCAUAGUGUCUGUGUCCUCGGCAGAUAUAUACAAGCAGGACGUCGAGGACAUGUUUGAUGCGGAUCCAGACAGCAACCUGUUGAUUCUUUUCGGUGUCAAAUUGGGGGUCAGCGCUGUGAACGCGAGUUAUUGGGAAGAUAUCCGUCGCUUGCUGAAUUCAAAAUUCUCCGUGGGUAUUGCCGGUGGGAGACCAUCCUCUUCGUUGUACUUUUUUGGGUAUCAGAACCAGGAACUGUUGUAUUUCGAUCCUCACACCCCUCAACCAUCGUUGAUAGACGAUGCCGCCUUCAAUACGUGUCACAGCAUUGAGUUCGGUAAGCUAGAGCUUAGGGAUAUGGACCCCUCGAUGCUCAUCGGCAUCAUGAUAGAGGGUGAGCGCGACUGGGAAAACUGGGCCCGGUUCACCGAAACCUCGAAAAUAUUCAACAUCUUGGAGGAAAGGUCCGAGGACUGCAUCAACGUCGACGUCGAUAUAGACGGUGAUGAAAAUGACGAGAACAUAGGGGGCGAAGUUUCCGGGGGUCCCGACGGUCCCCUACACGGCUCCGUUAUAGAAGCGGACUACGUUGAUAUAUCGUCGCUGGCACUGAAACCAGAAACGUCAAACAUCGAUAACGAAUACCAAGAGAUCAAAUGCAAGCGUCAAAAGAUAAUGGUCAUGUCCCACGACGGCUGCCCUCAUCCAGACGAAUCGAGGGACGGUAUGACUGUUGAGGCCGAGCGCGUGCUAGUAGCAAGUGAAACAGUGCCCGUGCACGAUUCCUGA